AUGGCCGAAGCACUAACGUCUCUCCUCCAAGUCGCCCACGUAGCCAUCAUCUCCGGCGGCGAUUGGCCCCAAUUCGAAAAGCAGAUCGCUGCUCGCCUCCCACCCCACAUCACCUCCUCCGCAUUUGGCCAAGAAGCACCCCUUACAGAGAAAGAAAAGUGUGAUCCGGACUCUGCGAAGAGGAAGGUUAUUCAAGCCGACCUUAGAAAGCGCUUGCCCGAUAUGUCGAUUAAUAUGGGCGGGGCAACGAGUGUGGAUAUUACGAAGAAGGGUGUUGAUAAGGCUUAUGGGCUUAGGCGGUUGAGUGAGCUUAGCAAGAUUGCGCUGGAGGAGAUUAUGUUUAUCGGCGACGCGAUAUUUCCUGGUGGGAAUGAUUAUCCUGCAUUUGAGUUGGGGUUGAAGACUGUAAAAGUUAAGAAUCCGGACGGGACACUCGCGGCAAUCGCGGGGAUUGUAGCUUGUUUGUCUUAG